ACCAGUUCAUUGCCCUGCUGAAUUCAAGACAGUCCACCAUCUCUGGAAGUGCAGUCAUCCGUGGUGUUUCAUCCACCCAGAAGACACCACUCAAUCCCACUUGGUCCCAUAGUAGUGACAGUGGGAACAUGAACUAUGCCCACCCAUCUACAAGUGUUGAUGCGCACAUGCCAACACAAGAGCAGAGGCUGCAGUGGGCCACUGCUCUUCAUCCGCAGGAGACUAGUGAUUUGACCCAUGUGGGCAUAAGAAGCUCACACACUAGAUCAUCUGCUGAGAGUGUGAAGUCUCUCAACAAUGUGAUGAACCUCAUGGCCAAAUCUGAUGACACAACUGCAUCGCUGAAGGAGGCUGGACACCUUAGAUUUGUGGGGAACUUCACUCUCCCUGCAGAGGUCCUUCAUGGUCAACAGUCAGCCCAGGUGCCUUGCAGUGUGUCCCAGGAAGGAGUAAAUUCUCCGAGGGUCAGCCAAACUCCGUCCACCUCUGUAGCUCCAGCUAGCCUCCUCACUGGGGCCCGUGGUCAAAUCCUUUCCUUCCCCAAGACAUCAACUGACUAUUACAAUAGAGUGAACUAUGUGAAAAUGAUGGCGUACCACCGUGACAUGGCCUCCUACUACAGGGAGCUCAAGCUCAAGGCUGAGCCCAUCCCAGCAAUGGAGGGGUCAUUGUGCACUACAGAGCUCCAGGGAAAGACAGGAAGCUUCCAUGACUGGAAUGAGCCUCCACAGAAGACGUGGUGGGAUGACGCCACAGAGGGCAUUGUUCUUCCAGAUGAUGCCGUUGAAAAACUUGAUGCCAUUCCAGGCAUCUGGGAUUUAGCCAUACAGAUGGGCUUCCUGACUGUCUGCGAGGCAGAUGACUGAAAAAUGUUUAGUCCAUUAAAAAGAUAAAGCUUAGUUUUGACACACUAUUUUUGUAUUAUAUUUAAA